CAGCUUGGCCAACUGUCAGAUAGUAUUUACCUUGGCAGUAUGUCGCAGAAGGAGAGAACCAUGUCUGGGACAACAGAAACACACAUGUUUUUGCACAAGACAGGGCUCCUAAAGGACAAAGAACAACUGGUGAUUUGCAAGCUAGCUUCACUUGGCAUUGGGGAGCGUCCAGAGAUUCAUAUAUUCACCGAUGGAUCUGGAGAACCAAAUUCUGUCGUCAAAGUAAGGUCCUGUGCGGCCGUCCAAAAGGGCGACCUUGUCCCGAAGAUCGUCAAGGCAAAGUACGACAACUACAUCUGCAUCACUGGUAAUGGUAGCGUGGGUAAAUAUACAUACUUACGCACACAAACAAGGGAGCAGAGGGACGAGUGGUGCAGCCAACUACAGGCCUUGAUGUCCAUCAAAACCACACCCAACCAACAGCCAUCAUGCUUCCUCCCAUAG